AUGACCGAUCUCCGGUACGAGUCGCAGAAGAGGCGAGACUGGAACACGUUCCUGCAGUAUCUGCGGAACCACAAGCCGCCGUUGACGCUGGCGCGGUGCAGCGGCGCGCACGUGAUCGAGUUCCUCAAGUACCUGGACCAGUUCGGGAAGACGAAGGUGCACGUGAUCGGGUGCCCGUAUUUCGGACACCCCAACCCGCCGGCCCCAUGCGCCUGCCCGCAGAAGCAAGCGUGGGGCAGCCUCGACGCGCUCAUCGGCCGCCUGAGAGCCGCGUACGAGGAGAACGGCGGCCGCCCCGAGUCCAACCCCUUCGGCGCUAGAGCCGUAAGGAUUUACUUACGGGAGGUUCGAGAAAGCCAGGCCAAGGCUAGGGGAAUACCGUACGAGAAGAAGAAGCGGAAAAGGCCCACUGCCGCCGCCGCCGCUGCCGCUGCUGCGGCCAGUAGUGGUGGCGCAGCCGAAAUUGGAUCCGUCGGUAGUGGCGGCAGCGGUGGCGAUACUGUCGGCAAGCCAGUUACUACAACAACAACGACAGAGUAUAGUAGUACUACUUAGAUUUUACUCUAUCCGUAGUAACUAAUUAAUUAAUUAAUUUUUAAACUUCAGUUACAUAUAUUAUUCUAUCUCUCCUAAUUGUGAAUUAUGAGAGGCUUUUAUAUUUAUUCUUAAUCAAACAAAAACAAAAAUCUUUCUUA